AGAGGGUCUCGGCAGAGCCGGCGGACCUUUUGCCGACCCCCACGGUCGGUUGGGGGCCGCAGGGCAGCCAUUGUUUGAUGUCCUGUGACUGAGAACACCAGUGGUGAACUGUAUUAUGCCUUUGGAGAUGGAGCCCAAGAUGAGCAAGCUCGCCUUUGGGUGCCAGAGAAGUUCCACAUCAGACGAUGAUUCUGGCUGUGCGUUGGAGGAGUACGCCUGGGUGCCCCCAGGACUUCGACCAGAGCAGAUCCAGCUCUAUUUUGCUUGCUUACCAGAGGAAAAGGUCCCGUAUGUGAACAGCCCUGGAGAGAAACAUCGAAUUAAACAGCUUUUGUACCAGUUGCCACCACAUGAUAAUGAGGUGCGGUACUGCCAGUCUCUGAGCGAAGAGGAGAAGAAAGAACUGCAGGUGUUCAGUGCCCAGCGGAAGAAAGAAGCCCUGGGAAGAGGAACGAUUAAACUUCUGUCCAGAGCCGUGAUGCACGCCGUGUGCGAACAGUGUGGGUUGAAGAUAAACGGAGGUGAGGUUGCAGUGUUUGCCUCGCGGGCGGGCCCUGGAGUAUGCUGGCACCCAUCCUGUUUUGUGUGCUUCACCUGUAACGAGCUGCUGGUCGACCUCAUCUAUUUUUAUCAGGAUGGAAAAAUUCACUGCGGCAGGCACCAUGCUGAGCUGCUCAAACCACGGUGUUCCGCAUGUGAUGAGAUCAUUUUUGCUGACGAGUGCACAGAAGCUGAGGGUCGCCACUGGCACAUGAAACACUUCUGCUGCCUGGAGUGUGAGACGGUCCUGGGAGGGCAGCGGUACAUCAUGAAGGACGGCCGCCCGUUCUGCUGCGGCUGCUUCGAGUCCCUGUACGCCGAGUACUGCGAGACCUGUGGGGAGCACAUCGGUGUGGACCAUGCCCAGAUGACCUAUGACGGGCAGCACUGGCAUGCUACAGAAGCCUGCUUCUCGUGUGCCCAGUGUAAAGCCUCUCUGCUGGGGUGUCCCUUCCUUCCCAAACAAGGUCAGAUUUAUUGCUCAAAGACAUGCAGCCUCGGUGAAGACGUCCAUGCCUCCGACUCCUCCGACUCUGCGUUCCAGUCCGCUCGGUCCAGAGACUCCAGACGAAGUGUCCGGAUGGGCAAGAGCAGCCGGUCGGCAGAUCAGUGCCGACAGUCUCUCCUCUUGUCCCCUGCUCUAAACUACAAGUUUCCUGGCCUUUCAGGCAAUGCCGACGACACCCUUUCUCGGAAGUUGGAUGAUCUGAGUCUCUCGAGGCAGGGAGCAAGUUUUGUCAAUGAAGACUUUUGGAAAGGCAGAGUAGAGCACGAAACCCCAGAAGACCCCGAAGAAUGGGCCGAGCAUGAAGAUUAUAUGACGCAGCUCCUCCUCAAGUUUGGCGAUAAAAGCCUCUUUCAGCAGCAGCCCAGUGAGAUCGAUAUUCGAGCCAGUGAGCAUUGGAUAUCUGAUAACAUGGUUAAAAAUAAGACUGAGUUGAAGCAAAAUAACCAGAGCCUCGCAAGUAAAAAAUACCAAUCUGAUAUGUAUUGGGCACAGUCACAAGAUGGACUGGGAGAUUCGGCUUAUGGCAGCCACCCAGGCCCGGCAAGCAGCAGGAGGCUCCAGGAGUUGGAUCUGGACCAUGGGGCUUCGGGGUACAAUCAUGAUCAAACACAGUGGUAUGAAGAUUCCCUGGAGUGCUUGUCAGACUUGAAACCAGAGCAGAGCGUUCGGGAUUCAAUGGAUUCUUUGGCUUUGUCUAACAUCACAGGGGCUUCAGUGGAUGGAGAGAGCAAGCCGAGGCCAUCGUUAUAUUCUCUGCAAAACUUUGAGGAGAUGGAGGCGGAAGACUGCGAGAAGAUGAGCAAUAUGGGGACCCUGAACUCCUCCAUGCUGCACCGGAGUGCGGAGUCCCUAAAGAGUCUGAGCUCAGAGCUGUGUCCGGAAAAAAUCCUGCCCGAGGAGAAGCCGGUACACCUGCCCGUGCUCCGGAGGUCCAAGUCUCAGUCCAGGCCCCAGCAGGUCAAGUUCUCCGACGACGUCAUCGACCACGGAGGCUACGACAACCUGGAAAUCCGCCAGCCCCCCAUGAGCGAGAGGACGCGGAGACGGGUCUACCACUUUGAGGAGAGAGGGCCCCGCUCUCACCACCAUCGCCGCCGGCGGAGCAGGAAGUCGCGCUCCGACAACGCCCUGAACCUGGUGGCCGAGAGGAAGCACUCGCCCAAGGCCAGGCUGCGGCUUUACGCCCCCGACAACUACGAGAAGUUCAUCCAGAGCAGGAGCGCGCGGGAGAUCCAGGCCUACGCGCAGAGCGCGGCCCUGUUCGGCCGGCACGCCCACGCCACCUCCGACUACGCCUUGCAGAGCCCCGCGCCCCGCUUCCUGGGCCUCUACGGGGAGGACGACGACUCCUGGUGCUCCUCCUCCUCCUCCUCCUCCGACUCCGAAGAAGAGGGCUACUUUCUGGGACAACCCAUCCCCCAGCCCCGGCCCCAGCGGUACGCCUACUACACAGACGACCUGUCCAGCCCAGCGUCUGCGCUCCCCACGCCGCAGUUUGGUCCGGGGACAGCGAAAUCCAAGAAGAAAAAGGGACACAAGGGCAAAAACUGCAUUAUUUCUUAACCGCGUUGCUGUGGAGAUCAUGUUUCAACGUAGCCAUUAACCACCUUGAAUCCUAUCUUUUUUCUUUCAUAGGAAAGUUGCUAAAAUAGUUUAAAGUGCUUUGCCCAUGUAAAUGAGCCCCCCACCCCACCACCACUGUUUACAGUGUCAGAUUAACAUUCAGAAGGUGUGGUUUCUGCAGUGUACCCUCCUCGGAUGGUGCCAGUCAGGUGCGUCAUAGUUUCACAUAGCUGCUUUGGUCUCCAGUCUGCAAGAGAAGCCUCGAGAAACUGCCGCAAGGUGACUGGACAGGGGUGUUGAUGCCAGACAACGAGACCUUCGGCCACCUUUGGAAAGCAACAGUGUUUGUCGUCAGUCCGCGCCAGGUUGGCCCAGGUCCCGAUCGGGCUGUCUGGCUGUGCGGCAUGCCUGUAGUCACACUGACCCAGCCAACACUGUGUGCCAUCCCACGAGGCCCCUCAUCCCCCCGCAGCCCCCCUUAGCCAGGUAAACAUUGUAUUAUUGUAUUAGCUCCAGCUACAGAUUGGGAAAACAACAAAAACCAACUUUGCUAUUUAUAAUGUAGUAUUUCAUAGACUUAAGUGUAUUCCUAAUUUAACGGUGCAAAUAUUAAUGUACAUAAUGUACAGUUCAGAUUUUAAAGCUGAUAUUUUUAUAUCCCUGAAUCGCAAGGUGUUUGUUACACUGCUAGGUUCGUUAGGGGACCGGAAACAGCAUUUACGGAUGGAAUGAUUGCUUGUAUUUUAGUCAGGGCUUAUAAGUUUAGAUGGUCAAAUUUAUAUUGCCUAGUGAUGGAAAGUUCAAAUUUUUUUCAAUAUUAAAAAGGCUCUGUAUGCAUGGUGGGGCUAUGUAAAUAUUCGUU